AUGGGCAAGGGAAGAGACCAGUCUGGCAAGAGUAAACCCUACAUUUUCGAUCCAAAGCUCAUCCCGCGUAUUUGCCAAUACUUAGACGCCAACAGUAACAGGCGUUAUGUAGAUGUUGAUGAUAUUGUGAAGUUUCUCCAAGGUCGAUUUCCUGAGUAUGCCCGACGGAAAAGGUUGGUUCUUCGAAAAUCAGUUGAGAAGGCAUACCAUGUGAUACAGAAUGAAGCUGGCGGUGGUGCUGCUAGUGAAUCUUCCCACACUGAUGAUGAAGACUCCAUUGAUGAACCCCUCAAUGAAGUCUUGGAGGAAUUACAAGAAGUUAACAGCAUGAACAAUAGCAUAUCAUCUUUGUAUGCAAAGGGGGAUAAGAAUUCUUCUGAAAUUCCAGAAAUUUUGAUUCUUGAUGAUGAAGGCAGCAAAAGCAAACAGAGUCAAGGCUCACUGAAGCAUAAGUUGGCUAUAUCCUCUUCUGAGCCCUCAUCAAAAAAAAGAAAGACAAAGAAUGAGGUUAGACCUAUGGAGUCAUCAGUCACUUUUGCUGAUCUUGGAGGCAUUGACUCCUGUAAAGAAGAGAUCUGCAAGUUGCUAGUUCAUUUGCGGCAUCCAGAGGUGUAUCGCCAUUUAGGGAUCACUCCUCCCAGGGGCUUCCUCCUGCAUGGACCUCCAGGGUGUGGCAAGACUCUUUUGUCUCAUGCGAUUGCAGGUGAGUUAAAAUUGCCACUGUUGAAGAUUGCUGCCACAGAAAUCAUAUGUGGAGUGUCUGGAGAUUCAGAAGAGAAGAUCAGGGAUCUGUUUGACCAGGCAGUUAGCUGUGCACCUUGUAUUUUGUUCAUUGACGAAGUGGAUGCUGUGACACCCAAACGAGAAACAGCUCAGAGAGAGAUGGAACGACGCAUUGUAUCUCAAUUGCUUGCAUGUCUGGAUGAGCUUGGUCAUAGAGAAAAUGGUGAUCAGGUGCUUGUGAUUGGAGCCACUAAUCGUCCUGAUUCCCUUGAUCCAGGACUCAGGAGAGCUGGACGUUUUGACAGAGAGAUCAAGAUGGGCAUACCAGAUGAUAAUGCAAGGGCAGAGAUAUUAAAAGUAAUGUGUCGCUCCUUGCGCUUGUCACAGGAGUUUGAUUUCCUGAAGUUGGCUAGAGCUGCUCCUGGGUAUGUUGGAGCUGAUCUUCAGGCCUUAACUCGUGAAGCAGCCAUGCUGGCUGUCAACAGGGCUUUCACUGGACUCAUCCAAGAGGCAAAAUCCACCCUGGUGAAGACUGAGCAGAAAGAAUCAGUGGGACAAUGGUUUGUGGAUCUGUCUCCUCUUACAAUGGAACAACUGUCAAAUCUUGAAGUGAAUGUGGAAGAUUUUUUACUGGCACUCAAGCUUGUUCAACCCUCUGCAAAGCGUGAAGGAUUUGCCACAGUACCUGAUGUGACAUGGGAUGACAUUGGUGCACUGUCAGAUAUUCGAGAAGACCUCAAGAUGUCCAUUAUGGCUCCUGUCAGGUAUCCUAGCCAAUUUAAGGCAAUGGGACUCAAUCGACCUGCAGGAAUCUUAUUAUGUGGCCCACCUGGUUGUGGCAAAACUCUUCUAGCCAAAGCCAUUGCAAAUGAGGCUGGUAUAAACUUCAUAUCUGUGAAAGGUCCAGAGCUGUUGAACAUGUAUGUUGGAGAAAGUGAACGUGCUGUGAGGCUUUGCUUUCAGCGUGCUCGAAAUUCAACACCAUGUGUGAUUUUCUUUGAUGAAUUGGAUGCACUCUGUCCUCGACGAUCAGAUGUGACAGAUGGUGGCUCCAGCAGCAGAAUUGUGAAUCAGCUCCUUACUGAAAUGGAUGGUAUGGAUGAUCGACAGGGUGUCUACAUCAUGGCUGCCACUAACCGUCCAGAUAUACUUGACCCUGCCAUACUCAGACCAGGAAGGAUGGACAAGGUCUUAUUUGUUGACCUCCCUUCUGCACAAGAUCGUGUGGAGAUCCUGAAGACAAUUACAAGAAAUGGCGAGAAACCAAAGCUGGCUUCUGAUGUUGAUUUGUCAUCAUUGGGUUCAGGCCCAUAUUGUGAGGGUUACAGUGGUGCUGAUCUUUCUGCAUUAGUGAGAGAAGCAUCACUCUCAGCCUUGAAGGACCAACUGUCAACAUCUUCCCCUUCCAUUCCAGUUGUGGCAUGGUGUCAUUUCAUGGAUGCCUUGAAACGGAUUAAGGCCUCUGUGUCUGAAAAGGACAGGAAGAAGUACCACCAGCUCCGUCUCCAAUUUUCAACUUCCCAACCUUCAUAA